UGUGUUUGUAGUGGUGGUUGCGUGCAGAACUGCGCAUGCGCAGGAGUAAUGACGUCGCGCUGCUUGUGGACGAUGAACCAAUCACAGCGCAGGAGCCAAGAUUAGACGGAAUACGGGUGGGGAAAAUAACGUUCAGCGCACCGACUUUAUUGAACAUGGCGACCCGAGGACCGAAUGGAGAUUUUCCUUAUUUACCUUCGGGGGCAGCGGAGGUGAACCGACUGAUCCAGGAAAAUGGCGACCUGUUUUCUGAGUCGCAGUGUAGAGUGUGCAACGCUGUCCUCAUUUCAGAGUCACAAAAACUCGCACAUUACCAGAGCAAGAAGCAUGCAAGCAAAGUACGACGCUACAUGGCCACCCACGAGGACGAACCAUUUGCCAAGAGAUUCAAACCCUCAGCACAUGAUGCUGAAAGUGGCGAGGUCUUGCAGAGUGGUGAAGCCUUGCAGAGUGAAGGGGACAAAUACAAAGCCUGCCACGUGUGCAACAUGAGCUUUUCCUCUGCAGUCGUGGCUCAAUCUCACUACCAAGGCAAAGUGCACGCCAAGAAUAUUAGAUUAAAAAGCUUCGGCGUGCAGGCACCUGCCGUACCUCAGCCUAUUGUUCAAGUGAAGAAGUUGGAUGGACAGACUGGAGAAGGACGAGGCCCUGCUGUUCACGACCCCAACCGCUUCUGCACCAUCUGUCAGGCUUCCUUCAACAACCCAGUGAUGGCUCAACAACACUACAGCGGCAAGAAGCACAAAAAACAUCUGACCAAGCAGAAACUAAUGGAGACCUUCGGGCCUUCCGCCACACCAGCCUCUACAGUAAAGGGCUACCCGUGUACCAUGUGCAACAUUGAGCUCAAUUCGGUGGAACAGUACCAGGCUCAUAUCAGCGGCGCCAAACACAAGAACCACGUUCGACUCAAGGAAGGUGGCAACUCCACUGUGAGCCCCUUGGGGAAGAAACAGCCGGACUAUAUGUAUGGCUAUAACCAGCAGCAGCAAGCCCAGGAGGACUGGGGCAGUUUAAAGCAGGACUAUGAGUCAGGAGGCCUGUAAGGCGUCAUCGCCCUCGACACGUUCACGAUGAGCUGCUUCUGUCCAGGCGAAGGCCACGUCUCCCUUCACUACGCCAGAUUCUGCUCUAACAUCGCUCGUUAUUCUGUAUGGUGUAUCGUUCUCACUCGGACGUAGAUGAGUGAACACGUCUAACCCCCAUACUGGUGUUUUUGUUUUGUUUUUUUUUAAUACAAGUAUUUAAAUAAGAGUAUAAUCUUAUAGUAUUACGUUAGAUAAAUAGUUCAGCUGCUACACAAAAUUGUGUAACGGCUGAAAUUACUCCUGGAGGGUCAACACAGUUUUCUUCUUUUUUUUUUUUUUUUUUUUUUUUUUUUUUUUUUUCUCCCUCCCUGCUGUACUUUGGUCUUCUAAGACUGGAGUUGUGCAAGAGCUAAAUUAUUUAAUAAAAAAAAAAGGUGCAUCCUUUACGUUUACUCUUGAGCUUUGUAGUAAUCUAAUUUGUUUGUUGAUAUACGAGCAUAUUUUUUAGAGUAAAGAGAGCUUGGUUUCCUGAUCUUUUUACAUUUCCAUGGUUAAUGUGAAGUCAUUGCUUUAUUUGUCCAGUGGAGGGCAGUAGAUAGCUUUUGUCCUUUUUUUUUUUUUGGUUUUUGUUUUUUAAAAUAUUUUUUUGGUGUUUUUAGUUAAGUGUGUCAUUAUUGUACGUGCUUCGCGCAUACACCGAGGUGUUGCAGCGUACAGUCUAAGACCUGCAGGUCAAAACUGAGCUACAGUUUGUGUUAACUGCGUAACUUUUAAAUAUGUUUCUAUCCUAUUUUGUACAGGACUCCGCUGAUGACAUCACUACUUAAAGAAAAAAAAAAAAUAGCAUGGCAGCAGUGAAGGAAGAAGAAAAUUAAGUGUGGACACACAUUAAUAAGGUGUGCGUGUGUAUACACUUUUAUUUUGGGGUUUUGAUUUUUUUUACAGAAACAACGGCACUCUUGGAGGGAAAAGUUGCUGCUCAUCUGCAUUAGUUACGAUAUAAAUCCUAAAAAGUUUUACAUGCACAAUUUCUCAUUAAGUAUUGCACUUUUUUCCUAGAAUAGGAACUUUUGCGCAAGUUUGUUUAAAGGUGCAUUAGUAGAGAAUUUUUUUUCCUUCAUCCCUCCUUACUUGUACAAAUAACCUACAAAAUAUGUGAAAUAGAAUUUAAAAAUAAUAGUUAAGGCGAUGACUUCAGGACAAAAGUAUCAUGUGGCUCAGAAAACCCAUUUGGGAAAACUGACUUCCGGUCCGGAAUGCUUGUUUGUGUUGGGAUGGGCCUCCUGUAGGCGGAGCUUUAUGAACAUGGGCGGGAAUAAGAGGGAGGUCGGCCACCUGAUUAACUGUUGGAGCGCGAAUUUAGGGAAAAAAAAAUCAACUAAUCUUACUUAACACACCUUUAAUUAAAAGAAUUGAUUUUCUUUAUAAAUUGUCUGCAUCAUAAAAACAGUUCUGUUGUUUUCAAUAUGACUUUUUUUUUUUUUGAACACUUGAGUUCUUUCCAUUCCUGCGUUCCUCAUCUGCGUUCUCGAGUUGUUGCUGUUGUAAAUUAUAGAGCUGAGAUUUUCAUCAUUUAUGUUUUCAUCGUUUGUUACCGUUCAGUCUGAGAUUCUCGUUAGCGCUGUACCUCGAGAACGAGUGUUUGAAUGUUUGUAGGAUUUAUAUGGAAUUACCAAUUUAACCAGAUGAACUGAUUAGAUUUUGGAAUUGAUUCAAUUAGGGUCAAGGUCACAGCAAGGUCAAAGGUCUGAAAUAGUUUUUAUUCAAUAGCUUCCUUUCUGUUUUGAAGUAUAUUUUAAGGGUAUAGGAUUAGACUUGCCAAAAAACGAAAAAAAACAGAUGUUGCGUAUAGUAAUUAAUAAUGAAUUGUGCAUGUAAAGUUCUAGUGUGUGUGUGUGUGUGUGUGUGUGUUUCUUAACUAAAACAGAUGAGCAGCAGCUUUUCCCCAAGCGUGUGGUGGUUUCUCUAAAACCCCGUAUACACACGUUCACCACAAUAAUUUUCUCGUUCCUUCAACUUAACGAUCUCAUUCACACACCUUAAUAAAUCAUGGCCACGCAUUAGGAUCACGUUCCCACACACCUUUAAGAAGGAUGUCACCAGUACGGCUCUGGAAUUUUGUAUUUGUGUGUGUCUUAAGUUCAAUAGACUGACUAGCUGUAUUUUACUGAGAAACAUGCUGUAUUCGUGUGCCCAUGUCCUCGCGUCAUGCCAGUAAUCAUGCGUGCAAACUGAUCAGUCGUGUCUGAAGGACAUGUACAUUUGACCUCUCGAAGGGAUUAUAAAGGUUAUUUAUGGACGGAUGUGUAUACUUAUUAAAUGUAGCACAACAUUUUUCAGUAGUGUUCUCCUGCGGAUGAAAAACGCGGUCAGGUGGUGGAGCGGUUGUACGGAUACGAGAGUCGUAAUUAAAAUUCCUAUUUUAGUUUACAGGGCUGUGGGAAUUGCCAAGUACGAUUUCCUCUGGUGUAAAUUCCUGGGGCGAAGUUCUCCACUGCCUGAGAUGUUUUUAUCUGCAACUUUUUUUUUUCUUUUUUUUUCCCCAAAUCUAUAAUAUGUUAAGCGUAUUAUAAUGGUACCCUACAUCUAAAUAUCAUCUAUUGCAAGAAAUUAUGAAACAGCUGAACAUCCUGAGGAUGUAUUAGCAUAUUUGUGUUAAAACUUAACCCUCCAGCAGCUUUGAUUCAGCACAUCAGCUAACCUUGAGGUGGUCCAUGUGUUGUUAUUCAACCAUUUGAUUUAAUAAUUUUUUGUUUGUUUGUUUGUUUUUUUUACCAGUUUAUUCAGCGCUGCAUAUUCCACCAUAGAAAAUGCAAACAUUAGUUAUUUGUGGAAAAAAAAUGACUGAAAAUAUAUGACGGCAGCGUACUAACCCUUUAUAUUUAAUUAAAAGUAUGGUGAAAGGGCCAAGUAUCAUGCAUGUCAGAACAUUUUAGUUGUUUAGCGUUUAGGAUAUUAACACACUCCUAGCAAUGCGAAAGGCUUGUCUCAUCAGCAGAACUGACAAUAUUGCAUUGUAAGAGAAAUGUGUAAUACAGGAACAUCUGUUUACAGAUGUUUGUUUAACGUAUAGGGCUGUGUAAAAUGCUAAAACUAAAGUGCUGCAUUGUUGCCUUAUGGAUCGCAUAUUAGCUUUUGUGUUAUGACUUGUCUUUUUUAUUUUUUAUUUUUUUUCUUUUUAAACACAUUGUGAGCACCAAUUAGUACUUUUUCGUUUAGUAAAUGGUUUUCAGAAAAAAAAAAAGUGUUUCCUGGUGUUUCUUCAGGAGUAAACUUAAACUGCACAGAGCUCUUUGGAGACUGAAAGGUUUUGUCCUCUAGAUGGUGCCCUUGCCAUUUGACAUAAAUAUUGAUUGAUGAUAUAUUCCUCCUGUGGGUGUAGUCAUGAACCAGAUAUUUGUGUUGCAAAAUUAUGCUAUAGCUUUUCCAACAGUUAUGUGUGGAUUAUGUCCCCACAAAUAAAAGCAUUAAACCACUUAAACGUUGGUACUGAACUCUUAAGUUGCACUGGAGUGGUUUCAUAGCUCCUAAGCUCCCCCCUUCCCCAAUUUAGGCCUCAAUGGUACAUUCCUCUUCUGUAAUAAAGGUGAAUGAAGCCUGCUUUUUUUGGCACAGGUAGACGUCCAUUCAUAAAAACGCAGAGGGAGGGUUCACUGUUUUCAU